GCAAAAACUCGUGUAGAUGGACUUGAUGAUGAAGAAGAAUUUGAGAAUGUUUGGGUUGAACUGAAAGGUGGCUUCGGUAAUUAUCAUGAAGCUGAAAACCAAAACAAUCGUGAGGAUUUAGACGUAUUGCUUAAGGGAUUCUCAAUAAUGUCCGCAAUACAAGCAUUUACAUUGCCAGAAGAUGCAAAGAAGAACAUUGGCGAUCUUGAAUUUUUCGGAAUAAGAGGGAUUGGAAAUCAUUUUCAGUUCUGGGGUAGUUUUCAGGCUUCUCAAUAUCUCAUGUGCUCGUAUCUGUUAGGGGAAUUUCGUUUACCAUCAUUUGAGGGAAGAGAGGGUAGUGGCAUUCAAGAUCUAUUAUAUGCAAUUAAAAUCGUUUACUCAUUCAAGGUAAGGGUGGAAGCCAGUAAAUUAAAGUUUCAUCAGAUCAGAGCUCUAGCAAGAAGUAAAAGAAUUUUUGAAGAUGAUUCUUCGCCAAUCAAAGCAAAAAGAGUAAAGAGUUAG